UGAUGUCAGCAAUUUAAUCAUUUAACUCGACUAUAUAGUUUCUCCAAGGCCUCUCCUAACUACUAGUAAAAAAACCGAAUCAGUGUAAAAAAAACUCUUUUCUCAAGAAAAAAAAAGUGUAAAGAAAUAAUUUUAAAAAAAAUGACUUCUCUACGUAUUUUGUUAAUUAUAACAAUUGUUAUUACAUUAAAAAGUGAAAUAAAUGAAGGUGCACGAAUAUUGGGUAUUUUUCCAUUACCCGGAAAAAGUCAUGCAAUUUUAGGAGAAAAAAUAAUGAAAGUACUUGCACAAAAAGGACAUCAAGUUGAUGUUAUUUCACAUUUUCCAAUGAAAAAAUCAUAUCCUAAUUAUAAUGAUUUAAGUUUAGAAGGUUCAUCGGAAAUUAUAACAAAUAAUUUAAAUUACAGUAUGGUAAAAAAUGUUUCUGUUAAUUCAAUAAAACGAUUAUUAGAAAUGACAGGUGAUCCUGUUUGUGCAUUACUCAAUCAUACUGUAUUUCAAAAUAUUAUUCAUAAUCCACCAAAGGAUCCUCCAUAUGAUCUCGUUAUUGUAGAGUAUUUUACAUCCUAUUGCUACAUGGCUUUUGGUCGACUUUUGAAUGUACCAAUAAUUGGAGUAACUGCAUCAGUUUUACUUGAAUGGCAUAAUGACGCCGUGGGAAAUCCAAAUAGUCUUGCAUUUGUACCUGGUGGUAUGACGGGUUUUUCAACAAAUAUGAAUUUUUGGGAACGUUUACAAAAUACACUAUUUGCAAAAUUAAUAACACACGAUUUUAAUAAUCAAGUUGAAAGUCAAAAAAUGUUUAUCGAUAAAUACAUUGGAUCAGAUUAUCCAUCAAUUUACGAUCUCACAAGAGAAUUGUCAUUGGUUCUAGUAAAUUCUCAUUAUAGUUUAAAUGGAAUUCGCCCCUUUACACCAGGUGUUGUGGAAAUUGGAGGUGUUCAUGUACAAGACAAUAAGGAAAAACUUUUACCGGAAUUGCAAAAAUGGUUAGACGAAGCUAAACAUGGAUUUAUUUACGUAUCAUUUGGUUCUAUGGUGAGAUUAGAGACGUUCCCAAAAAAAACACUUGAUAUUUUUUAUUCCUCUUUUAAAAAAUUAUCACCAGUUCGUUUUUUAAUGAAAAUUGCAAAAAAAGAAGAAUUACCCCCAGGGCUUCCCGACAAUGUCAAAACAUAUCACUGGCUUCCUCAAAUUCAAAUUUUAAAGCACAAAAACGUCAAAGGAUUUGUCAGCCAUGGAGGGCUUUUAAGUACAAUUGAAUCGAUUUAUUAUGCAGUUCCCAUAAUCGGCUUUCCAUUGUUUGGAGAUCAAAACUUUAAUAUGAGAAAUUAUGAAAAGAGAAAAAUUGCCGUUACAUUGAAUUAUGAUAGUUUCACUGAGAAGCAACUUGACGAAGCUUUGAAUAAAAUUUUAAAGAAUUCCGAGAUGAGGAAUAACAUUGAGAAAUUAUCAAAACUUUACAAGGAUCGACCAAUAACACCACAGGAGACAGUUUCAUUUUGGGUUGAAUAUGUCUUACGUCAUGGACCAGUGUUACGCUCACCAGCAGUCAAUUUAUCUUGGUGGCAAGUUGAAUUAUUAGAUGUGUAUGGUUUUAUUUUACUAGUCCUUUUGUUAGCUCUAUUCGUUAUUUUAUCAUUAAUAAGGAUUUUAAUCAAGUGUAUUUUCCAUUCAAAAUCAAAUAGUGAAGCGAUUCGUUCAAAGAAAAAUAAAUAGUUAAAAAAAAAAAAAAAAACAUAAACGAAUAUUUUGUAAAUAAAAAAAUUAAUAUUUUAUACUAAAUAAAUAAAAAUGAUUUUUA